UCGAUACCGUUAUCUCAACAACCAUUGAGAUUAUGGAUCGAAACAAAAAUAUUGAGCAGUUGUCACUUGCGUAACUACUGUGCAGUUUUGGGAUUCCGUAGUUGUGCGAAACGAAACGGGCAAAAUGGAAGUUUUAGGAAGAGUAACCGGAGUCCUGUUCUCUAAGCAGGCGAUGAAAAUAGUUUCAGUCGUCUCACAGACCUCGGCAAGGAACCAGCAGCGAUUCGCGUCGAGAAGGUACGCGACCACUUCCUGGAAAACGAGUAGUGACAAGAAGAAAACCGAAAGGAAAAUCCGAACGAUGGACGCGGCAAAUCCGGUCGUGGAAACGGCGCUGGGGAAGGUGAGGGGAAAAAUGGUGACCAGUCAUGUGGGCGAUAAUUACUACAGCUUCCAAGGGAUACCCUACGCAAAAGCUCCGGUCGGCAGUCUGCGAUUCAAGGAUCCUCAACCGGCUGAACCAUGGACGGGAGAACUAGACGCUACCAAAGAAGGUCCAGAAUGCCCGUCGAGUCAUAUGAUGUUUCUUUACUUUAUCGGUAAAGAAGACAACUGCCUCAAUUUGAAUGUUUAUCUGAGAGAGAUGCCUAAGGCAGAUUCACCUUUAAAACCUGUCAUGGUAUGGAUCCACGGAGGUGCUUUCAUUCAAGGUUCCAAUAGAACUGAAUUAUAUGGGCCAGAUUACCUCAUGAGAGAAGACGUCAUACAAGUGAGCAUCAAUUACAGAUUGGGCGUCUUUGGAUUUCUCAGCUUAGAGGACGAAAGUCUGGGUAUUCCCGGAAAUGCAGGAUUGAAGGAUCAGGUGCAAGCGCUGAAAUGGGUCAGGGACAAUAUAAAAAAUUUCGGUGGAGAUCCAAACAACGUGACUAUUUAUGGGGAGAGCGCAGGAGCUGCUUCUGUUCAUUAUCUGCUGCUAUCUCCAACCACAAAAGGCUUGUUCCACAAAGCAAUAAUGCAGAGUGGCUGCACCUUGAACCCUUGGGCUCUUGGACAAAAAGGAGUGGCCAUCAUUGCGAAGUAUUUGGGAAUCAAGGAUACGGACGAGAAGCAAGUCCUGGAACAGCUGAUGAAAAUAUGUCCCAAGAAGCUGGUGACAGCUGAGAUGAAAUAUCCAGAACUUUUCAUUCCUGUGAAAAGGGCCUUCGGACCAGUCGUGGAAAAACCGUCACCAGAAGCUUUCCUGACAGAAGACCCAUUGAAACUCCUAAAGGAAGGUAACUACCACAAAGUACCGAUUCUGAUGGGGGCCAACACCAACGAGGGUCUAUUGUACGAGUUGGCCAAGAAGUUGAGGAACCUCAAGAGUGUCCCAAAUUUCGACAACGAUAUACCGCAGGAGUUGGGAAUACCUGCCAAAUCAGAGGAAUUGUCAAAGGUGUCGGAGAAGAUCAAGAAGUUUUAUAAGAUGGAUGAACUUUCUUCGGAUCAGAAGAUUCUGGCAUUGUAUGAACUUAAAUCCGAUCACCAUUUCAUACAUGGCAUUCAUCGUUCGCUGACUCUCAACCUAGAAACCAACCCUCAGCCAACCUACUUCUACGUGUUCUCCUUUGAGGGCGAAUUCAACUACUUCAGGAAAUUCGCCACUUCCAAAGCCCUGCCGAUCCAUUUCGUAUGCAUCUAUCUCCUCAACAACUUCGACAGGGAGGGCGUAAGGAAUCUACUAUGCAAGAUUGCUAACGGCAUGGGAUACAACAAAACACCCGGAGUAUGUCACGCCGACGAGCUAGGUUACCUAUUCAGGACCUUCUUCUCUCCGAAGAUGGUCGAGGGUUCUAGGGAAUCAGAGACUGUGAAACGAAUGGUGACGCUCUGGACCAAUUUUGCCAAGUUUGGAAACCCAACACCAGAGGGCAACGAUCUGAAUCUUACCUGGCAGCCAGCAACGAAGGAUAAUCACCUAUAUUUAGACAUAGGCGAUGAGCUCCUGAUGAAAAAGAACCCCUUCCACGAGAGGAACCAAUUCUGGGACGAGAUUUACAAAGAACAUGCCAAAAAUUAUACAGCUAGUCUAGCAUUUUAUGCUUUCACUACUUAUACUAGUCAAAGACGCAGUCGAGAACACACCAUUAAGUUCCAUAAAUUUUUUCCUCCGCUGGCAACUGAGCAGACAAUUUUCGAUCAGUGUGGAAGGCGCAAAAACAGCAGUACCACCAUGAGCUCUGAGCCUCGAGUGAUAGUGGAAAGUGGGAUUUUAGAGGGGUAUGUCUGUGAUAGUCAGGUGGAAAACGAGAAGAGCUAUUUUUGUUUUCAAGGAAUUCCCUACGCUAAACCGCCCUUAGGCGAGCUCCGGUUCAAGGCACCACAACCAGUAGAACCAUGGACAGGGGUGAAAGAAGUGAAAAAAGAUGGAAAUGCAUGUUAUUCAAGAGAUAUGCUCAACCCAGAAAAAAUGACCGGAUCUGAGGAUUGUCUCUUUUUAAACGUUUACACGCCAAAGCUACCAAUAAAGCAAAGAGAUGGACUGAACUAUGACCUGAGACCUGUAAUGGUUUAUAUCCAUGGAGGUUCUUUCACUUCGGGAUCAAACUCAAAACAGAUGUAUGGACCUGAUUUCCUCAUACGUGAAGAUGUGGUUAUUGUCUCCAUAAACUACAGAUUAGGAUUCUUAGGUUUCUUCCACUUGAACGAUAAAACGUUGGGAGUAACUGGAAACGCAGGUUUCAAAGAUAUGGUCCUGGCUUUACGGUGGGUGAAAAAUAACAUAAAAAAUUUCAAUGGAGAUCCAGAUAAUAUCACCAUAUUCGGCGAGAGUGCGGGUGCAGUAUCCAUACAUCUGCUUGUUUUAUCACCAAUCACUAAAGGUCUUUUCCACAGAGCUAUAGUCCAAAGUGGAUGUGCUCUAAAUACUUGGGCUGAAUGUGAAAAUAUGGCGCCAAAAAUUGCCAAAGCUCUCAAUUUGGAGGAUGGCGAUGAAAGAAAACUCCUAAAAAAAUUGAGGGAAAUGAAAGUUGAGGACCUUUUCUCUCUUCAAGAAUCCUUUCCUGACCCUUGGGACGUGAGCAUAAGACGAUUGGUGGGUUUUGUGGUGGAAGACCCUGAUCAGCAAGAAGAGGCUUUUCUAACCCAACAUCCAAAUCAAAUUCUAGAGAAGGGUGAAUACAAUCCUGUUCCUAUUAUGAUGGGAUUUACUUCUCGAGAAGGUAUGCUGGUUCAUGCGAAAGAAAAAAAAUCGUUCAAAGAACUAACACCAAACAUCGAAACUAUCGUACCCACCUACUUUGAUCUGCAAAUAGGAAGUCCACCUUCAAAGAAGGUCAGUGAUAAAAUUAUGGACUACUAUUUUCAUGGUCAGGAUCCAGAUGAAGCUGACAUCGAUAUAGCUUACAAGUUGUGGUCAGAUAAUUUGUUCAUCAGAGAUAUCUAUAGGUCAUUGAAAGCGCAUGCUGAAUCCAGUGGAACUCCAGUAUAUGCCUACGAAGUGACUUUAGAAACAUCGCUGAAUAUAUUCAAGAAAUUUGCAGGCAUAACAACACCAGGUGUUUCACAUGCUGACGAUCUAUUCUACAUAUUCAAAACAAUAAUGACUGGCAAACUGGAACCAGACAGUCCAGAAGAUAAAGGUGUAAGAAGAUUCUGUAAAUUGUGGACGAACUUCGCUAAAUAUGGCAAUCCGAAUCCACCCACAACCGAUCCCCUUCUGCAGACCGACUGGAAAACGUUUACAAAGAACGAAAAAAAUUACCUGGAAAUUGGCCUGGAACUUGCUGCUAAAAAUAAUCCCUUGAAAGACAGGAUGUCGUUCUGGGAAGAUCUGUACAACCACAGAAACGAUUUGGAUUGAAAUUGUGAAAAGAAAUUGAAAAAACAUAAUAAUAAUAAAUAAGUAAACUGA